AUGACGAAAAGAGUUUCAAAAGAUGAAAAGUUUACUAAAAUCAUAACAUUUUUUACAGAAACAUCAAAAGUUUAUACAAUUAAAGAAUUAGAAAGAAAGUUAUCUAAACACUGUAAUAUAUCAUCUAUGGCAGUAAAAGAUAUAAUUCAAGAAUUAGUUGAUGAGUCUUUAAUAAAGUGUGAAAAAGUAGGACAAUCUAAUUAUUAUUGGAGAUUUAAGUAUGAUAAAGAACAUUAUUAUUGCACUGAGAUAGAAAAGCUUGAUAUUUCAAUAGCAAAUUUUAAAGAAGAAAACAAAAAACUAGAAAAAAUUGUAAGUGAUCUUGAAAUAACUAACGAAUGUACAGAUGAAAGAAAUAAACUAUUGAAUGAGUAUGAAGAUCUUAAAGUAAACUUUGAACGAAUAGAAGAUAUAAAGGAGAAUCUUAAAAGAUAUUCUAAAGAAGAAUAUAAAAAAAUGGAAAAAGAAAUAGAAGACUCUAAAAAUAAAAUUAACACACACACUGAUAACAUCUUUACAUUACAAAAUUUUGUUUGUCAGAAGUUUAACAUGGAAAGAAAAGAUUUUAACUUAAAUUUUGGUUUAGAAGAAGAUUUUGAUUAUUUAGAAUAA